AAAACAAAAUAAAAAAAGAAAAAAAAAACAGCAAAACUAUUUUCACUAUGCACACUCACAAGACCACACUGAGUCCCAAAACCCCCACCACGGCCACCGUCAAGAUGCUAGAUCGAACCCUCUCGUCCCGCCGCGCAUCUCCCUACCCAGAAGACGACGUUCCCGACUCCGACACGUCACCAAUUUCCGGCGACGAAUCAAAAACCAAGAAACAAAGCCUGUCCUUAUUAGUGACCAAUUACAUUUCCCGUUUAUCUCACUUAUGCCCCUGUCCGACACCGUGUUUGAUUCUUUGCCUUGUUGCGGUUUCAAUUUCAAUUGGGUCUUUGUUAUUUCAUUCGAGAAGCUUUGUUUGUGUUUCCCCAUUUGAUCCUGCUACUCGGGUCGGGUUCUUUGGGUUGGAUGGUCUUGAAUCCGACUUUGGUGUACUUGGUGUGCCUUGGUGCAGAUCGAAACAUGGAAAAACAGUUGAGUGGACAUCCAAAGAUUUGCUCAAGGGCUUGGAAGAGUUUGUACCAAUAUAUGAAACAAGGCCAAUCAAAAAUAACAUGUAUGGAAUGGGUUUUGACCACAGCUUUGGGCUUUGGUUUAUUACGAGGUGGUUAAAGCCAGAUCUGAUGAUUGAGAGUGGUGCCUUUAAAGGUCAUUCAACCUGGGUUUUAAGGCAAGCAAUGCCGGACACGCGGAUUAUUUCAGUUACACCUAGACACCCUGAGAAAUACCUGAAGAAAGGGCCUGCUUAUGUUGAUGGAAACUGCACUUACUUCGCUGGAAAAGAUUUUGUGGACUUUGGAAGUAUAGACUGGAAGAAUGUAAUGAAGAAACAUGGGAUUAGUGAUCUCAGUCGAGUUCUUAUCUUUUUUGAUGACCAUCAAAAUGAAUUAAAAAGAAUAAAGCAGGCAUUAAAUGCUGGUUUUCGACAUCUUGUUUUUGAAGAUAACUAUGACACUGGAACUGGAGAUCAUUAUUCCUUAAGACAGAUAUGUGACCAGUCCUAUAUAAGAGGUGGUGGUCAUAGCUGCUUUCGGGAUAGCGACGAAAGCAGGCUUAGAUCCAAAAGGGAGAAAUUCUGGGAGAAGGCAGUUGACACAGAUGAACUAUGCGGCCCAAAUGAAGCAUGGUGGGGUGUAAGAGGCUGGAUGCGCGAUAAUUUUAAUCACAGUAAUAAACCAUUCUCCUACGAAGAACAUUUUCAGAACAGCCGGUAUGUUGAAUCAAUUCUCGAUGUUUAUUGGGAGCUUCCUCCGGUAGCUGGUCCUUCUCUUACUCAUCAAACUCGAUAUGACCCUGCUCGAACUACUCCACCUAUCGUCGAAGAUGGUCGCUAUGGCCUAUUUCAGCGGCUUGGACUAGGUAGACUGGAGACUUCUGUAUUUAAUGGCUAUACCCAGAUGGUUUAUCUUCAAAUCUCUGAACAGAAAUCUUGAAGCUUUUCACAGUAGAUGAUGACUGGCUAGAUUUACAUAGAUUGAAACGCAGAGUUUUGUUAAUAGAUUGCUUUUCCACACUCAGCUGUCUAGAAUGAACAUGACAUAAGUUUUUUCAUCUCCUGUUUCCAGGUUCAUUCAAUUUUCUAAAUUUUACUUGUUCUCA